AUGGCCGACGACGAAGUCGUUCGAAUCUGGGAUGCCUGGAACAAGGAAAUCACUGGCACCGUCGAUCCUUGGGACACCUGGGACAAGGUGAAGGAGCGCAAGGGCUUCCCAGGAGGGCUCAUUGCCUUCCUGCAGACCAGCACCGACAGCGAAGGCUGUGGCUUCCAUCAGCCUACCAUUGUCCAGGCCUAUGCCUGGUCAGUGCUGCAGUCUGGGAAGGACUUGGUAGGCGUCGCAAAGACCGGCUCCGGCAAGACCUUAGCCUUCCUUCUCCCUGGUUUCGUGAAGCUCAGGAAGCUCAAGAAAGCUCAGGAAGUUGACACCAAGAAGGGGCCUGCACUUCUGUGCAUGACGCCGACGCGAGAACUGUGUCACCAGAUUUAUUCGGAUGCCGAGAAGUUCGGCGGCCCAGUGCAGAUAACAGCUGCGUGCUGUUACGGCGGCGCCAACCGAAAGGACCAAGAAUGGGCAAUACAGACGGGCCCGGACUGCCUCAUUGCCACGCCCGGUCGACUGAAUGAUUUCGUUCAGAAGAAGCAGGUCCGCUUGGACCAAGUCCGGUUUGCCAUCAUUGACGAGGCAGAUCGCAUGCUCGACAUGGGCUUCGAACCGCAAAUCAAGCAGGUCUUGGACGAGGUCCCCUGGCACGACCGCCAAACCUGCAUGUUUACGGCCACCUGGCCACAGGAGUGCAAGAAACUCGCGGAAACCUACAUCAAGGACCCUGUGCAGAUCCAAAUUGGAUCUGGUGAGAUCACCACCAACAAAAAUAUAGUGCAGCACGUCAAGAUGGUGGAUCGCGACUCUGACAAGCUGGAAGCGCUCAAGGAGAUCCUGCGCGGCUUGCCCGAGGGAGCCGGCUGCCUGGUGUUCUGCAACUCCAAGAAGAAGUGCGGAACCUUGAGCUGGGAUCUCGAGGGCGACACGGAGUUAGGCAUGCCGGCUACAGAGCUGCACGGUGACCUGGACCAGAACCAGCGCGACAAAGCUCUGUGGAAGUUCAAGUCCGGAGAGGCGCGAGUCUGCGUGGCCACCGACCUUGCCUCGCGCGGGCUGGACGUACGGAACAUCGGCGUUGUUGUCAACUACGACGCACCCAAAUCGGCGGAGGACUACGUCCACAGGAUAGGCCGCACAGGCCGGGCAGAGGAUUCCGGCGAGGCCUACACUCUCUUGCUGAAGUGGGGCAACGAGGCUGAAGCCAAAUAUAUCGCCCAGAUCAUGCGCAAGGCCAGUCAGGAUGUCCCAGAGGACGUUCAGGAGUUGGAAAAGAAUGCCGAAGAUGAUUGGAAGAAGGACGACUGGAAAAAGGAUGAAGAUUGGAAACAAGAUGACAACAGUUGGAAAAAGGAGGACGACAGCUGGAAAAAGGACGACUGGCAGAAGAAUGACUCGAAUGGAUGGAACAAAAAGGACGAAUGGAAGAACGAUAGCAAAGAUGAAUGGUCCAAAAAGGACGACUGGAAGAACAAUGAGGGCGGCUGGAAGCGAUCAGCAUGGAGCCAUGAGGACGAGCCCUCUGCUAAGGCUGCUUAUUCUGGACGGUCCAACGCAGAGGCGUCCUGGUAA